AUGUCUCCGAUAAAAGAAUCUGGCAAAGUUAUAUUAGGAUCGAUAUUUGGAUCAGUAGAAUUGAAAAAGCAUCGAUCAGUCAGAGAUUUAGUAUUUAGAAAGCUAGUACACCCUGAUGGUAAUGAAUACUUCUCUAUAUUCACAAACGUAGUGAAAAAUACAAAAUCAAGUCCAUCAGAAGGAUAUAUGACU